ACAAAAGCAAGUGAACCUUUUCAAACUAGCACAGUGUUAUUUUACCUUUACCCUGUGGUACAACGUGCCUAAUGUUACUUUUAGUGAAGCCUUAAAACGAAACGGGCACAAACUUGAAUUUUGUUAUUUUACUAUUUUUUUUUGUUGUUUCGCACUUUUUUCAUUCAAAUUUCGAACCUUCGACCUUCAUGUUUACUCGUCAUCAUUGACUCUUAUUUGUUGAUCAACAUUGACUUUGUUUUUUUUUCUUCAAUUGUUUAAGCCUGUUAAUUCAAUCUCAUCAUGACAACAAUCGGAUAUCAAACUGGAGUCAACUCUUAUUCACAUUUUAUGCAAAACAGUGCCUCAUCACAGGUUAGCCUUACAACCCUAUUGGCCUCUUCAACACCCAGCAAUACCAAUGACACCAACAACCGAAGCACAAUGGUUUAUCCAGCCAACAACUUGUCCAACCUCAAGACUUCAUCUCCAACCAUAUCAACCUCAACCUCACCUGGAUCACCUUUAAACACAAGUCCAGCCAAGAGAAUAAAAAUUGAACCAAAUAAUAAUGAAAACAAUUGCCCGAUAAUCAAUGUUCACAGCAACAACAAUCGAAACAACGGCAAUGUUAAAAACACUUCGGUCCAAAUAACGGCAACCAAUUUAAUUGUUAACUCUAAUUUCCAGCGAUCAUCAGGUAACAUUGAGUCCAACCCUUCGGUUACUCUCAUCACAACUGGAGGUAACAACAAAAAGACGACCAUUUCACCUUCCAUCAACAAUUCCAAUUCACUUCGUUGUAAACGAAAGGGAGUCAACUCUAUUCGUUCAACAGUUUCACCUUCCUUGACAUCUCGUCGUUCACUUGUAUACUCUUCAUCUUCCUCUUCAUCCUCAUCUUCAUCUUCCUCAUCAACAACAUCAACCAACUCGACGAUAGCACCCAUUGCCGUUGCUCGUCGUAAUGAACGUGAACGUAACCGAGUUAAAAUGGUCAACUUAGGUUUCAAUACUCUUCGUCAGCACAUACCAAAGCAACAAAAGGACAAGAACAAGAAAAUGUCCAAAGUGGAAACACUUCGAUCAGCCGUUCAAUACAUUCGGGAAUUACAGCAACUACUAAACAAUGAUGCUGCCUUGGAUCAGUUAGCUUCAGCUCUAAACUCAGUAACUUCAGCAACCUCAUUAUCACCUUUAUCUUCAUCAUCUUCCCUCUCAUCAAGUGAUGUUAUCAUGAAAGAUGAACCUCAUCCUGAUGCAAAUAUCAAUCCAUCAAGCAUGUUAUUAUGUUCACCCAGUAGUAUUGCUUCUCCAUCUUCCUCUGUCUCAUCACUUUCUCCUUACCAUGAUUCAUCAUCAUCACAUCAUUAUAAUGGAUCAAUUUCAUCUUCAAAUCUUUGUUCUUCUUCUUCUCCUUCUUCAUCAUCGGUUCCUACAUCAGUAACGGUAACAUCUUCGCUAGUUCACCCAACCAACAACAGUGCAUCCAUCUCAAUCUCAUCCUCACCCUCGUCACCAUUAACCUCAUCACCAACUACUGUAGCCUCAACAGCAACCGUAGUCUCAGUGACGACAGUUAAUGAUGCAUAUCAUGCCCAGCACUUGCACCACCAACACCACCAACAGCAGCAACAACAUGGUCACCAUCACUCUGGGCAGCAACUUCACCAUCAACAGCAACAACAGCAUCAUCACCAACAACAUCACCAACUUCACCAUCAUCAUCAUCACCAACACCAACAACAACAACAACUAAAUCUACCUCAAAUGCGAACAAUGGAAUUAAAUUCACCAAACUCACCUCAUCCAGAUCAACUUAGUCCCACUGUUCAACAUCACUUGAACCUUCACCAUUACCAUCAACACCAACACCAUCAGCAACAAAUCAUUAACCAUCACCACAACCAACAAUCUGCUCAAUUUCAACAACAAAACUCGCCCUGUUCAAUAAUAUCGCCCAAAUCAAUUGCUUCAUCUGAAAUGUCACCUUACUCUUAUGAUCAACUGGAACUGGAUGCCAAAUGUAACCCAGAUGAAGGCGACAUCUUUGACUUUUCAACUUUACUCUCUUGAUGUAAAUAAAACCCUUCAAGUAUUGAAAAACAAAAUAUCAACAUUUUUUGCCCCUUUUCUUCCUUUAAAAGUUUUUUUUUCAAUCAAAUGUAACUUUUUUUCCCCCAAAAACCUUUUUAAGUAUUAUCAACUUGGCCAUGCUUUAAGCAGAAAGAAAAGCUCAAAACAAAUAUAAAUAUAUAAAUAUUAUCCUAUUUUUGUGCGAAUUAUUUGAUAAAGUAAAAGUUCUAGAUAAUAUUAUUCAUGAUUACUAUUUUUAUAUAUAAAUUUAUACAUAUUUUAUAAAUAAAGACGAAAAACGUUUUCUUAUUUUACUUGUAAAUAAAAGACGAAAAUGGUUA